AUGAGCAAAGACUCCUCCUCAACAUAUCUACACAUGCACCACCCCCGCCUAGCGGAUUUUUUUGAAGAAUUCACCCGCCCCCACACCUCAACAGCCGCAUCCGCAAACCAACAAUACAACCCCAACGCAGCCCAAGCCAACAACGCAGCCUCAACAUACGGCUUCUCAUCCGCUUCCACGAUCCCCUCGUUCCUGCCAAUUGAAGACAUCUACGUCCAGCCGCAGUACCAGCCACCGAACCCCGAAGACGAAGACGACGUCGUGCCGGACCAGCACGCCGCGUUUGGAAUCACGCGCGCAAUGGACCGGAGACGGGACCCUGUGUGGCGGGACCUUGGGCUUGAGGCGCUGGUGAAUGGGCAGGGGCAUGGCGGGCAGGCUUUGACUGCUAUUGUUGGGGGAGCUGGGGGUACGGGGGCUGCGGGGGGUUCUGGGCCUGGGGCUACGCUGAGGGGGACGGGUGGGGGUGCGGCGUCGGCGGCGUCGGCGGCUAUUAGGGUUAGGGAUUCUGGGCGGAGAAUGGGUGGACGGAGGGUUAUUUGUUUGCGAUGA